CAAACAAAUGAGCCGACGAGUCCUGAAUGACCCUUCGGAUAUCGUACAUCAUUAUUAGCAGCAUCAGUGGUCCGGUCACCCUGCAUUGCGCCACACCUGAUACCAUGUCAUGGCGUCAUUAACUUUGAUUUGGCACAGUUCCGGUUCUCAUUAUAUUUCGGAAAAUCCUGGCUGGGGGAUCUACCAGUUCUUCCACGCAUGCUUUGAUUAGUCUUUGAUUAGUAUUGCAGGGAUAUUAUCUACACCAGUAGCUGUGAGCUGAGAUUUAAGGUCAUUGCAGGCCUCUUUGACGUUCUCCUCUGUAAACGUUACAACCCUGAUUUGGGUAGGCAAUCUUGGUUGAUCUGGCUGCAGUUCUUGAAUAAAGAGUUGAUCUGGAUAUUUGGUUGAAUCAACCCUGUUGUCAUUUUCAUUGGGCGUCAUUGUUUUGUCAAGGUGCAAACUACAGCUGUUGUGCGGACCAAAUCUAUGGUGAGGGUAAAUAAUCGUAAAAACUAGAGAUUCUGGGUGUCAUGAGGAGAAACAAAAGAAUAGACUCUUAAGAUUAAGAGACUUCAUCAAUGUGACAUUGAUGAACAAUUUUCUUUUAGAGCAUUGUGGUACAAUAACGAACGAAGAAGAGGCAAUACCUUCUUGUGAGGUGUGAUUGUGGCACCCACGGCCAUUAUCAUCUCGACCCCUCUGGACUGUACAUUCUGUAGUCGAUCAGGUUGCGAGGUUCCCUCGGGAAUGAACUUGAGCCAACCCCAGGAAGAUCCUGGAUACAACACUUGGUGGGUCAAGAAGUACUGUACCUUCACGGCCAUGGACGAAUUCAUCAUUUACUUUCCCUACAUCCUAUUGAUCAUGGCAUUGCUUAUCGUAUUCAUAGAGCGUAUGUUUGUCAGGCUUUUUAAAGCGGGCUUAAAGUUGACCAUGUUCUACAAUCUGUUGGUCAAAGAGACUCUCGAAACCUCUUCGGUGCCGAUCGGCAAGGAAAUCUCCAACAAUAUCGAAUUGGAAAAUAGCAAAACGAUUCUCCAGAUAUCCCAAAGCUUCUCCAGAGGAUCCUUAUACUUCAUAAGCAACGUAUUGCGGACAAUUUCGGAGUUUCUCGUGGCCCUAGCCUUACUUUUAUGGCUGUUGUACUACGGGUUGCCUUCAGGCAGAAAAGGACCUAGUCUCUACUGUGAUGUCCACGGGUAUCUCUACGAAUGUGCCGGUCAUCCUCAGCAAUUCUACAUGUAUGUCUUGGCUGUUGUCAUCAUUCUGAUUGCUGGAUACAUGCUUUGUUGCUUGUACAACAUCCUCUGGUUACACAUUCCUCAAAUGGGGAACUUGAGUGGGCUCAUGCACAAAUACAAGAAGCGCCUCAAACGGAAGGCCAGGGCCGACAAAUCUGAAGCCUUCAACGACAAAGGCUCAGUUUUUGACAAACAAGUCUUGGGUGAACUUCACAAUAUCUACUACAAUAAUCGCGAUUUUAAGCUCCUCUUGGACUUAUUGGCCCAAACUUCGGGAAUUGCCCCGGCCAUGCGGAUAUUAACCUUAUUCGACAAGGAAUUUCGGGACAACUCCUUGCCGGCUGAUUUCACAAUGAAUCGAGAUGACACAAAUUUGGAAAUAUACUUCGGCGAUCCUCCCACGGUCAAGGAUCUCUUCAUUGAAGCCGAUGAGGCUAGUGUUACUUACACAGUGGAGAUCCUUCCCCCAACCAGCUCUAAAUCGGUGUUUGCUUUUAAGGUUGGAGAUGAUGGUGCAUCUUAUACAAUUAAUGCGGUAGGAGAUUCUGAAACUCCAAUUACGACCAACGAAUGCAAACUCAGGCGAACCAUUUUUACUGGAUUGGAACCGGAUGUGGAGUAUCAAAUCCGAGCUUGCACCGUCAUUAAUGGCCGAGCCAUUGCCAGAAGAAUUGAAAUGGUGCCUUCUUCACAGAAGGAUGUCACCACUAUUGAGAAUAUUCCAUGAAAAUUGUUGCUUGUUUUAUAGUUUCUUGCUUCUUGUAGUACAUUAACUAUUCGAAUAUAAAGUUUAUCAGAGUGGG